AUGGUAUCAUCUGACAGGACGCGCAUCAAAGUGGCUUAUGAUGAGUGGGUGCCAUGGACGCGUGUGGUGCAGCAUCAGAACGGCUCCGUCAGCAUCGAGGGUCCCAUGGGAUAUGUGAUUGAACUCAUCGCUAACAACCUUCAGCUUGAUUACGAGUUAAUCACUGCCCCGGAGCCUGUGUGGGGCGGCCCGGAUAAGGAUGGCAACUGGAAUGGCAUGCUGGGAGUCCUGCAGCGAGGGGUGAGUCCUGGUGAAGGAGAUGCACCUCAAGGUCCCUUCACCAUUACGCCGCAGCGGGAGACUAUCUGUGACAUGUCUGUGCCCAUCUCGGGGGCAAACAAGGACAUCAUGAUGGAGAGGCCAAGGCUGCGGACAGACAUGGCGGGCUUCCUGAAGGCCUUCACACUGGAGGUGUGGCUCCUGACGGCGAUGAGCAUGUUGGCCAUCAGCUGCGCCACCAUAGUGCUGGUGAAGGUUGAGGGACGCGUCUUCAGCCGCGUCGUUAAGAACGUUUACUCGCACACCAUCCUGUGGGUGAUCAAGUCCUUCACACAGGAAAGUUCAUUGUGGCUGCCGCCCCACGACACAGGUCGCGUGCUGGUCACCACCUGGCUGCUGGCGUCCCUGGUGUUCAUGUCCUCCUACAGCGGCAUCCUCACCGCCAUGCUCACUCUGCCCCGAAUAAUAAUCCCCAUUGACUCCCUGACGGACCUGGUGGCGCAGGACGAAAUAUCCUGGCGUCUGGAGGGAGGGUCGUCACUGCACCAGUACUUCAGGGUAACACUCCAUAACACAGCGGCCGAGCGCAGGGCAGAAAAAUUUAGAUAUUAA